GUCUUGCAUAGCAUUGCCAUGCCAUUACAUUAUUCUAAUUUUUCAAAAGAAAAUCUACAAACGGAAACCAUCAGGUCAUCAUUACAUUAUCUUUCGAAUUCUACAUAAAAUCAUCAAACUUAAUUCACAACAAUGGGGAUACCAGUCGUCGACAUCAUAUCUGCGACCGAGAGAGCCCUCUCAAUACCUGAACUCCUUGAGCAGAUCCUCCUCCAUCUGGACAUGCAGGAUCUGCUCACGUCCGCGCAACGAGUAAACAGGCGCUGGCUACAUAUCAUCUCCACGUCGCCACGGUUACAACAGACCCUCUUCUUCAGACCGAUCGCACCCCCCGCCAGACCAUCGAGACAGUAUACCGCGUUCCCAAAGACACCUCUCGGCGCUGCGAGACGACGAGAGCUCAGCCCGUACCGCGCCCAAGUGCGCGCUACGCUGAACCCGCUGCUCGUCAAGCAGUUUGGCCCCGAAUUCUUCAACACCGGCUCAGAUUCCUGCCAAUGCCUCUCAGACUGGGUCUACCUCGACGCAGGGAUGCAAGCACCCUGGUCCGUCAAGGUCGGCUCCAGCCUUCUCCGGCCUGACGAACGGGGUGCGCGAGAACGAGCCUUCAGGCACCCCAAUGCCUCCUGGCGCCGCAUGCUCGUCUCCCAGCCACCGCAGCCAGGGGUGGGGUAUGUCCGCGAUGUGCACGAUCACGAGUCGCCGACCUCAGUCGCCAAGGGAUACAUUGAUGCUUCGCACGAGGGAGGGCUCCGGUUCGGGCUGCUCUAUGACCUCGUCCAGACACUCGCGGUCAGUCGGUGGAAGAAGCAUCAUACCCCGUUCCGGGUCUCCUGGGGCGCCGUCGGGAGCGCCGAUCCGUCCGUUCGCGUCCGGAAGGGCUGCAUGGAGAUGCUGGAGGAGACCGCUGUUGUUCUGGCUGUACACUAUGAACCGCCAAAGAACAGCUAUUACCCCGAGUCUCCACAGCCGGGGACGUUAAGCAAAGAAGAUUUUGGGAUACCGGGGGUCGAGAUGGUGGAUGUCGUGGGCAAGACGGAUUGGGAACAGGUCCUACUCGAUUAAAAGUUAUUCUUUUCUUGCAAAACUGGUUACGGGAUACGAAUAUGCAUAUGGGAUAAGGUAGUUUUAAUAAUACCCAUUAAUGACUAAUGUUCAAAUAUGAGAGUCUAUUCUUCUUUUCUU